UCAAGUACUUUUUCAAGUACAUAUAGACAAAAUGCAUGGAAAAAUCAGCAUCAUAUAUGUUUUAUCAAUUUUUCGCUAUACCAAUGGUCUGAGUUGAGUUGAGAAUUUUGUAUCCUCUAGAUAUCUGAGCUGUGGGUCGACUGGAUGAUAAUUAUCAUUAUGCAAUCUGCUUGUUUAACGCAUUUAAAUAUGAUAGCAUAAAUUCGGCGUUAUCGCCGCAAGUGCGCAAAUUAUCAAUUCCGAGCUUCAUAUAUCUAAUUGUUGAUUUUGAAAAAGAUUUUUUGCAUUUUGCAGCCAUUAUCAAUAUAGAACAUCAUGGCUAAACUACGUCGCCUCAACGAACUGUCGGAGACGGAAGUGCAAAGUGAGAUUGCAUCAACUGAUGCCGUUCUGUUUGAUGUGGAUGGAGUUUUGCUGUCCGAUAAAGCGGUGCUUCCUGGAGCCGAAGCUACAGUGCAAAAGUUGAGGGCUUUGGGCAAACAGAUUGGAUUUGUCACUAACAACACCUUGUACACAGUGGAACAAAUGCAGGCCAAUUUGGCUCAAUUUGGUGCACAAUUUGACGAUAUAAUAAACCCGACGGUCUCCUUGUUGGAAUACCUGCGAAAAAUCGACUUCCAAAAGGACAUUUAUAUAAUUUCCACACCGGAACCUAAACAACUAAUCCGGGCAGCUGGAUACAAUGUGUUAGAUUUCAAGGAUGUCCUACCUGAAAAAAUUGAGCCUUCUUUGGGAGCAAUUUACGAAGCCCAGGAACUGUCUUUGCAGAGAUGCAAAAAUGUUGGUCUGGUGUAUUUGGAUUAUGACAUGAAUUGCGGAUAUGGAGACAUACAAUGCGCCAUAAAUAUUAUUAAGCGCAUUGACGGCGUCCAACUGCGAAUUGAAUUGUAA